AUGGGAGUCUCUGCUAAAAGAUGGAAGAAGACCCAAAAGACUCCAAACAUGCUCUCAAGACGGAAUGAGCGCGAACGCAAUAGGGUUCACCUACUCAACUUAGGCUUUGAUCGACUUAGAGCCGUUGUGCCGAAACGGGAGGGUGAGCAUCUCAGUAAGAUUUCCACUCUUAAAAAGGCAAUUUGGUACAUAGAGCACUUGGACAGGGUUCUUCACGAGGAAGUAGCAUCGGAAGUAGCGGAUAGUGGGGUAGUGGGCACAGAAUCGGGGAGUGAUAGUGCUAUGGUUGCAACUUCAGCGAAUCAAGGUCAACAGCAAGAACAAUUAAAAGAAGAGGAUCGUCUUUCACCCAUCUUUCCAGCUAGGAUGGAUGAGCCUUCAUUAGAAGGACCGUCAUCGACACUUCAUUAUGUGAGCACAACGUUAGAUAGUGGCUACGGGAGCAGUUUCUACGCCAUAAAUCCACAGGAACCACCGCCACCACCGGUGAGAAUGUGGAUAAUCGACAUCGACUCAACUUCUACACCUAAUCGCUGA